AUGGCCCAAAACUCCGUUUCGCUAUCAAGCAAUUCUCCCUAUCUAUACAAAGCCACCAUAGAGGACAUACCAGGGAUCAAAUCAAUGGUCAACUCCGCCUACUCGAAAUACAUCGAGCGUAUCGGAAAGCCCCCAGCUCCCAUGACCGAAGACUGGGAGCAAGAGAUGAGAACACAUGAGGUCAUGAUGCUCAAAGACAACGAUCAAACUGUUGGCUCUAUUGACUUCCAUGUGGAUGACCAAACAAACUCGCUCAAGAUCAAUAACUUGGUUGUGGACGUGGGCUCACAGGGUCGAGGUUACGGAUAUUGGAUGAUGAAACACGCGGAGACUGAGGGACGAGAGCGCGGACUAUCAAGUAUCACUCUCUUUACGAAUGACCUCGAGGACAUCGAGACCAACCGUCAGACGUAA